AUGAAUACUUCAAUUAAAUUUCCUGAAAAUGAUGAAAUUGCUAAUCAUAAAAUGAAAGCUCUAGAACUUAAUGCAAAUUAAUUUUAAGCAUAAUUUAAAGUAUGUUUAAUAGACUAUCAAGCCUCUUUUUAAUGAAAACACUAAGUUAAAAUAACAUGUAAUUGGCCUUAACUUCUUUAUUGAAGAACGAAAAUUGUAACUUAGCAAUCUAAUCAACGAUACUGGACCUAAUGGGGAAGAUAGGGUAUUGAUUAAAGCUGUUGCUGAUUUCAAAUAAAUUUGUGAUCUUUUAGAGGGUAUGAUAUUGUAAUUAUGUAGAGGAGAUACAUAGAUUGAAUAACACAAUAGUUGAGAACAAUAAUGAUAAUUCUAAGUUAUAGAUAAUUAUAAAAUAAUUGAAAGAGAAGUUGUAAUGUGAAACAGAUCGAUUUUUUUAAGAAAAACAGUCAUUAAUAGAUUAAAAUCGACGUUUGAAUGAAUAUCAUAAAUAAUAAUCUAUGUAUUGGGAAUAAAAUGUAAAUAGAAUGGUAUUAUAUACUAAGUAAUUAUUAGAAAAUGAAAAUUGAAGAUUUAUGUUCAAAGAUAUUGCAAUUAGAAUAGAAUACAAACAAUAUACAUAGACAUUAUAAAUAUAAAAUAGAGGAAAGAUCUCUCAUUUAGAAUUAAUUAGUUAUGUAAAUGAAUUUGGAAAAAUAAGAAUAAAUGGAGAAAUUUGAAAGUGAAAGAAGAUCUUAUUUAUUAUAAUUAGAGAUUUUUAGUAAUAAAUUAAAUGAGAAUAAAACUGCAUUAAUUAAUGAAUAUGAAUAUAAGAUCUAAUCUUAAAAGAUGAAAUUAGAAAAUUAGAUUUAAAAAUUAAUGUAAGAUUGUUAAGAAUAUAGAACUAAAUUUUUAAACAUAAAUGAAAAAAAUAAAUAAUUAUUAUACUAAAUGGAAAGAUAAGUUCCUUAGAUAACAGCUUUGGAAAAGGAAAUCUAAGAUUAAAAAUACAAAGUCUUUUUAUGUGAUGAAACAAUUAAAACUAAGGAUGUUGAUAUAUAAAAAAAAUAAAUUAUAAUAGAUUAAUUAAAGUAUAAAUUUUUAUUUAUUUAGUGAAUAGAUUAAAAAAUUUAAAUAAGAAAAGGUAUAAUAUGGAAUGAGGGAACAACCAAAAAAGUAGGGAUCAAAUAUAUAUUAGAAUAAAAUAUAAUCUCCAGAUAAAACUAUAUAAUAAAAUAAGAAUUCAUAAAAUCAAAGAUAAGGAACAAAAUAAAGAGAACCAAUAAAAUAAUCCAAUAAUCCAGAUUCUUAAAUUCAUUCUUCUACAUAAAGAAGAUCUUAAUAAAAAUAAGAUUUUACAUUUGAAGAUACUACUAUUGAAUAAUAUGUUGAAAAUAAUAAAUAAGAGAUGCUAUAAUCAAUUUAAUAAUCUAAAUAAUAGUCAAGAUCUUCUUCUGUAGAUGAAAAUUCUCCUAUUCAUCUUAUUAAAAUAGUUAAUAAUGAAAUGUAAAAAACAAAUAAUACUGAUUAAUUUUAAUAAAAUUUAGCAGGGAAUAACUAAUCUUUAUCAAUUACAUAAGGAGCAUGGAUUUUAUAUAAUGAAGUUGAAAUCUAAUGUGAUUUAAAUGAAAUCAUAGAUCCAUCUAUUAUUACUAAUUAAGAAUUAUAAAUUACUAAAUUAAAUGAUGAUUUAAUUAAAUAAAAAGAUGAAUAUGAAUUUCUAUUAAGAUGCAAAUAAGAUGAAAUUAAUGAAAUCUAAGAAUAAAUCAAAUUACAAAAGAAUGUAUAUGAAUCUAAUUAAGAAUAAUAAUUAAAAAAUAUAUAAAAAUAAUUAUAAGAUGAUCUCAUUUAAAAAGAUAAUACUAUUAAGUAAUUAGAAUUAAUAUUAAAUGAAAAAGAUGCUAAAAUUUAAAUGUAACUUGAUUUAGAGAAUAUAUAUUAAGCUAUGAUUGAUAAAUUAAAUAAUUAACUUAAAUAAGUAGGAUUAGGUUAAAAUGAACUUAUACUUAAAUUUUAGAAUGAUAUCAAAUUAAUGGAAAUUGAACAUUAAAUUGAAUAAAAGAGAUUAUUAGAAGUUAAUGAAUAAUUAAAGUAAACACAUAAAUAAGAGAUAGAGAAUUUAAAUAAUUAACAUUAAUUAGAUUAAGAAUAAUUAAUAUCAGAGAAAAUAAGAUUAUAAGAAUAAAAAGUAGAACAUGAACAUUAUAUCAGAUCAACUAAUGAUCUUUUAGAAUAAGCAAGAUCUAAAGAAUUUCUAUUAGAUAAUUAUAGAAGAGAAUUAUUAAAAACUAAUGAAAUUGUUAAAUAUCUUUCAUUAGAAAUUGAAAAUUUAAAAAAAAUUAAUAAUAUUUUUAGAUCCAAAAAAGAUCAUCCUUCUAAUAACUUUUUAUAUAAUGGAAUGGGAUUUCUUCCAACUGAAGUAUAGGAUAAAAUAAAAUAAAAAAUGAUUAAAACAAAAUCAAAAAAAUUACCUACUAAUAUUAUAAAAGAUGCUUAUGCUAUGAACUUUUAAUUAUAAAAAGGAACAAAAAUGAAAUCUGCUAAAUUAGUUGCCAUGAAUGGAAACAAUUUAGAUUAAAAACCAUAAUAGUUAUUAUAUUUAUUAAUUAUUUAUAGAUAAGACUUAAAAUUCAAACUAGAAACUUUAAAUGAACUUAAUGAAUCUUUGCCUAAAAUUAAUUCCAAAAAUAUUUAAGAAUAUGAACGAUCAGCCUCAGAUCGCAAACAUAAAAUAACUAAUAAAAAUCUAAGAUCAAGUAUCUAAUAUAAAAUAUUAUAAGAAACUUAAUAAGAAGAUUAUACAGAUAGUGAUCCAAAAAGAAUGAUACAAGAUAUCAAUUCAAAUGAAAUAUUAUUAAUCUAAAAUAGUUAGAUGUUACUUUCAUAAAUCAAAUUUUAACCUUAUGAUAAAAAAAAUUUAAGUUUAAUAAAGAGAAACAAUCAUAGUACUUCAAAUAUUUGA